AUGAAGCUGCCGCGCAAGAAACCGUUCGCCUUUCUGCUGAUCGUCGUCGGUGGAGUUUUGCUGUGUUGCUGGAUUAAUUUGAAUCUGGCGAGUGGUGGGCAUGUGCGACGGCGAGUGGAUCGAGUGCGAGCCGGUGCUGGAGGGCUGGCAAUCCUGCGUGGUCUCUGGCAUGCCUGGGUACACCCGGUGAUGGAGGAGGACCUGCGCAAUUCCUUCGAGCAGCAUCACUUCAAUCGUACGGCCAGCGAUCGAAUCGGCGUUGAACGGUCUGUUCCAGAUACGCGCCAUCCGAACUGCCAACAACGCACCUACCUCUCAACCCCAGGACACACCACGUCUGUGAUAAUAACGUUCCACAACGAAGCUGCCUCCACGUUGUUGCGCACGAUCGCGACCAUUCUCCAGCGCACGCCGCACGAUUUGCUGCACGAAAUCAUCCUGAUCGAUGACUGCAGCGACGACUACGGUGUCCUGCUGAACGUCCAGCAGGACGACGAUCAGGACGCGCCACAGGGUGGAUUCGAGCUGCUGUCCCAAAUCCCGCUCGUGCGGUACUACAGAAACUCCGUACGGCAGGGUCUCAUAAGGUCCCGAAACGUGGGUGCCACGUACGCCGGUGGUAGCUACAUCCUGUUCCUGGACAGCCACUGUGAGGUGAAUCGUGGCUGGUUGGAGCCACUGCUCGAUCGACUUGCGAUCGAUCCGACCGCUAUCCUAAGCCCAGUGAUCGACAUUAUCGAUCCGCACACGUUCGAGUACCGGGCGAACAGUGCACGGUUGAGAGGUGGCUUUGAUUGGAGUUUACACUUCCGCUGGUUGCCGAUCGCUGAGGAGGAGUUUGAACAUCGCCGGCACGAUGAAUCGCUUCCCUUUUACAGCCCAGCCAUCUCGGGUGGUAUCUUUAUCGUGGCGAAAAGCCUGUUCGAGCAGUUGGGUGGGUUCGAUCGAGGGAUGGAUGUUUGGGGUGGCGAAUCCCUCGAGAUGUCCUUGAAGGCGUGGUUGUGUGGAGCGCACGUGGAGGUGGUGCCUUGCUCGCGUAUAGGCCACGUUUUCCGGCGAAAGCAUCCGUUCAGUUUUCCACCCGACGGUAGCCACCUAACGUAUCUCCGGAACACGAAGCGUGUGGCAUUGGUUUGGAUGGAUGAGUUCAAGAACUUCUUCUACGAGGCCCGUCCGGAAGCGAUGGCUAUCGAUGCGGGACCGGUACAAGAGCAGCAGGAACUCCGACGUGCGCUGAACUGCCGUAAAUUCAGCUGGUACCUGCAGAACGUGUUCCUCGAUCUGCGGCUACCGAACGAACACAAUGUGGCCUUUGGGCAGCUGCGGCACGGUGAACGGUGUCUCACGGUUAAACCAAACAUACGCCCGAUGGCCGCGGGCCGGUUGUUGAGUGGCCACAAGCGACCGAACGAGAACGAGGUGACGCUGCUGCAGUGCGGUGGCCAUGAUCCGGAUCGUCCUGAAGAGCUGUUUCAGUGGGCCCUGCAUAAAAUCACCGGCCAGCUGAGCACGGAACGGGCGCUUUGUCUGACGGUGCGCCAUGGGUUCGUCCUGACGGAACGGUGCUAUCAGCAGAAUGGCGUACAAUCGACUGAUGAAGGGCAACGUUGGCACCGUCAGGGAGGCACACUGGUGCAUGAGAUCAGUGGCAUGUGCCUGGAGAGUCUAGUCCGGGAUGAUGUUGGUGCGUCCGAGUGUCGGCGAGGCGCACCGUCCCAGUUGUGGAGUUUCUCGGUUGAAGUACAGCAACUAGCGUAGAGCCGCAGGGUUGUUUUAAUUAUCUGCAUGCCAAAUUUUGUAUAUAGUGAAUUAAACUGUAACCUUCCUUGAUUAUAAUAUGUUCUUUUUUCAUCGCUAUCAUAUCUGAGGUCAAUUCGGCUAUUCAGUAAUCCGGGAUUUUCCGGGUGAGAAAAUCAUAAAUAGCUGGUCAUUGAACGUUUCCUCCACUCUAAUAAACAUCUGCUGCAUCUUCUUCGGACAAAAAUUAGAAGGUUUCGUUCGAUUUUGAAAAACUCCUUUAAUUUCAGAGUUGCUCUUCACUGUUAUCAUACU